CAGCCACACCCAUCCUUGCGAGCUCCACCUUUCAAUUACGUGGGCGGCUCGUUGUCAUGGAAACUAGACUCGCAUAAUUAAUAAUGGCCGCCGAGAGGGAUGGCGCGGUUUCUUUGGUUCCGAUUCCUUGUGUAUCAAUAAAUGAACUUAUGGAACUUAAAACUGGGGCACUCUUAAAGAAAGAAGACAUUCCACCAAAAAGCAGUAAAAGGGCUAAAAAAAGGACUACACCUGUUGGAAGAAUGACUGCACCUACUGCUCAUGAAAGGGAGAAAAUUUUAAAAGAAAGUAAAAUGAGAAAUGCUAAACCUACUACUACACUUCAUUUCACUACUUUUAAAUUCAAAGUUCAACCAACUGUAAUGCCAAGAUUUAAUCCUCCAUCCACUGCACCAGGCAGUGCAGGAAAAUUUCCACUCUAUCCGUCAUCAUCACCGUCAAGGUAUGCCCCAAGCAUCUUCUCUCCUCUCCACCGAAAAAGUAUAGCAAAAUCUCGAGAGCUUGGCACAACUUCCUCCGAAACAAAGAAAGAAAUCCUCACCAUUGAAGCAGUUUCAGUCUCGGCUGAAGAAGAGGCAGAGAGAUUCGUUGCUGCUGCAAGUGCUCCUCAACAUACUACAGAAGAAGUUAUUGAAAUGCUUGAAAAAGACUUAGAUAGAAAGGAGGAGAGUGCUCAUAAUUCUGAAGCUACAUGUACAUGUACAUGUAUGAGAGAUGAGGAAGCAGAGGAAGAAUUUGCAGAUGAACUUGACGAUGUUGUGCCACCACUUCAAGAUGAAGCGUCUGAGCAUACCCUAGCUCAAAGAAAGUGGACACUUCACCGUCGAUCUACUCUGUGUAUUGAUGAUGAAGUGGUGAACUUCAGUGCAGAUAUUGAUAAGAAGACAAAAGCCAUUUUAAAUAAAUGCAGAGGUGGAUUAAAAAAUAGUCUCAUAUUUAUUUUACAGUACAUGUACAUGUAUACAUGCAAAGGUGAAAUGAAAAUUGAUGAGCUGGAGCACAUUCCUUCUUGGAUGAAAAACGAAUAUGAAGACAUGGUACUUGAGCUUGAUGCUAUUACUUACUAUGUGCAUAGGCAGGCAGAGAGAAGUCUUCAGCACUAUACACCAAAAUCAGUUGUGCUAAUUUCUUCUACAGUUCCUAAAUCACGUCAGUUGCUCUUAGCUCUAAAGCCAGGAGUCCUUGGCCUCAUUUAUGUAAUGAAAAUUAAUUAUUCUAAAUUGAAAGCACUGCUCAACAGUUACAUGGUUGGUGCCAAAGCGAGACGUCUUGUAUUUGUUUGCAAAGGUGGGCCUGGCUAUUUCUACAUUUUGAAGUCGAAUCCCAUCACACCUGUCAAGCUAUUGGCUGACAUCAAUUUACUGAGAUUCUGGAAAGGUGUUGGUAGCAAUAUGAGCAAGAUUUACAUAAAUCCAUCAGUUGUGCAUCUCAUGGAGUGCAACGUGAAUGGAAACUCCCAAGGAGAAGAACUAUUGAGCAAUCUAGAGUCCACUAUGUUCUGUCACAAAGUAAAAGUUGAAUCGCCGCUUGAAUUAGAGCCCAAAGGGAGGGAUAUGAUUUCUGCUUAUUUUGUUCCCGAGAAGUUUAAAACGUGGAAGUCUCGCCGUUAUUCGAAAGUGCAGCUAUACAAAUAA